UGCCGUGGUUCCAGGUGCUCUGCUCCACUUACCUUUAAUCUUCAAUCAAACAACAACGAUACUCGUACUCUUUCAGGAAUAGAGAAUCAGAUAGAGAGCACAAUGCUCAGGUUAAUCGCUAGUUACCCUCUGAUUCCCAAGAAACCACACCGGGUUUUUAGUAAGCUCGGGAGCUACUAUGAUUCUUCAUCGAUCAUCAGAUAUGGCGGAAUCGGAGACGAUGGUAAAAAGCAGCAACUUCUUUUAAGUGUUACAGUGAAAGCAGUGGAAGACAAAGGUAAUAAUGGAGGUGGAAGCAUGAGUUUCUCUGGACAAAGCUGAGAUCCCAGUUCCGAGAUUGAAGUUCCUUCAGACCAAAGACCCGUAAGUAAUAUCACUUUUGCUUUUUUUUUCCUGAUUCUAAUGUAAUGAUGAGAUUUUUGAGUGUGUAAAAUUUUAUACCUGUGUGUGUUUUGGUGUGUAAAGGUAAAUGAGUAUUCCUCUUUGAGUAAACAUCUCAAAACUCCCUCUUAGAGUAAAAUAAAUCUCUUAUCUCCCUCUCUAUUCUUCAUACCCUCACCUUUUCUAAUAAGAGGUGGUGAGACGAUUUUAGCCUUACAAUUUAAUUGAUUUAGAUUAAAUUUUUUUGAAAAAAAAACGAACCCAUCUCUCUUUCGACCCGAGAGAAACCCGACGUGUAAGUUCCUCUCAUCCCAGCCGCCGGCGAUUCUUCCGACGUCGGAGCUCCAACUGCUGUCGUUAUUCACCAACUCGAGUUGAAUCAAGUUGUUCGUCAGAGCUCUGUUGGUCGGGUUACUCACCUCUCAACCCAGCCGCCGGCGAUUCUUCCGUCGUCGGAGCUCUUACUGCUGUCGUUCUUCACCAACUCGACUUGAAUCAAGUUGUUCUUCAAAAUGCAGGAUACAAUAUGCGAGAACGUCAGCCUACAUUUUAAAUUUGAAGGACGCAUGUAUAGUAUAAUGUUCAAGAGGAAUAUAACAUUGUUGAUGUUAAAAGCAAGGAUACAAAGGAAGAUUGGGUUUGUUGAAAGUAACGUUCAGUUGCAGCUGAGCUACAAGCCACUACUGGUAGAAACAGUUGAGCAUUGUGAGCUUAAUGAUGAUGAGGAUGUUAAUGUUUAUCUAGACUCUGUUAAUUAUGAGAAGCGAAGAUGUAUGUUGUUUGUGAAUGUCAUCCCUUCUGAGCCUCAGCCUGAGCAAGUUCCCAUAGUGCCCACAGUGCCCACAAUGCCCAUAGUGGACCAAAGUUCUGUCGGUAUGAACUUUGAAAACCAACAUGCGAAGGAUGGUGAAAUCGGACCUAACGCCAUUGUUGUCUACGUAGGCAAAGAAAAGGCUGUAGAGGGUGAUUCUAAUAAAGAGGGUGAAGCUGAAUCACGUGAUGAAGGUGAUGAAUAUACUGAGCCACGCCCUGUUGUAGAACCGGGUAAGUAUAUUGAACCAUGGGAUGACGGUUUGGAUCUGACUAAACUUCAAGAAUUUCCAAACAAGAAGGCAUUGCAAGAUGUGGUGGAUAGAGCUUCAUUCGCUAACUGUUUUAGUUUUGAAAUAGUAAAGUCGGACAAGGUGCGUUAUGUGGUCAAAUGUCCUAAAGAAGGAUGUAACUGGGGUUUACGAGGUGGUAGGAUUCGAGAUACAGAUAUUUUCUCGAUUAGAAGGCACAACAAGAUGCAUACAUGCUCUCGGGCUAGUCAAAGUUCAAGCAACAGUAAGAGACAAGGCACUCCAAAAUUAGUUGCUUCUCUUUUACAUGGUGAUUAUCCAGGGCAAAUGGAAACUCCACCUCCGAAAAUUAUCAUGGAUCUUGUCAAGACAAAAUUAGGUGUUGAUAUAUCAUAUUCCACGGCGUUGAGAGGGAAAAAUCAAGCUGUUACUGAUUUGAAAGGUAGCCCAGAAGAAAGCUACAAGAUGCUGCGAUGUUAUCUGCACAUGUUAGAGAAGGUUAAUCAUGGUACAAGAUCAUAUGUGCAUUGCAAUGAGAAUAAUAAAUUCAUGUACUUGUUCAUAGCUUUGGGAGCUAGCAUUGAAGGAUUUAAAGUCAUGAGGAAAGUUAUAACUAUGGAUGCAACUUUUCUAAAGAACGGAUAUAAGGGUGUUCUUGUUUUUGCGUCGGCUCAAGAUCCUAACCGUCACCAUUAUCCCUUGGCGUUUGGUGUUCUUGAUGGUGAGAAUGAUGCAAGUUGGAAUUGGUUUUUGGAGAUGUUGAAAACCGUUGUUGGGGAUUCUUCUGAAAUCGUAUUUAUGACUGACAGAAAUAUAAGUCUCAUUACUGCCAUAGCUAAUGUGUAUCCUCUAGCUCAUCAUGGUUUUUGUAUAUGGCAUUUAUCCCAAAAUGUGAAAGGUUAUGCUCGUAACGUCAACAAAGACGUUGUUGCAUGGAGAUUCAUGGAGUGUAGUAGGUUUUACACAGUGGCUGAGUUCAACAUUGCUUACGCUUCUUUUACGACAAGAUAUCCUUCUGCUGCCAAGUAUCUUGAAGAAUCUACCCAGAAAGAAAGAUGGGCAAGAUGUGUUUUUCCAGGAGAUAGAUACAACCUAGACACAAGCAACUGUGUUGAAUCGUUGAACAGCGUAUUUAAAGAUGCAAGGAGGUACUCCUUGAUACCCAUGCUUGAUGCAAUACUUAAAAAAUUCUCUGAAUGGUUUAAUGAACAUCGGAAAGAUGUUGUGUCUGGAUCAGUCGCAAAUAAAUUGGUGCCUUUAGUGGAGAACUACUUACAUGAUUUAUGGGCAACUGCUGAGAAACUAAAGGUGAUAGAGCUAAAUGGUUUCGAACUUGAAUACAAUGUCAUUGACAGUGACGGAAAGCCUUAUUUGGUGAAGUUGCGAUUGAGAAGUUGCAGUUGCAGGUUUUUCGAUAUACAAAAGUAUCCUUGUGUGCAUGCAUUGGCGUCUUUCAUUACAUUCCAAAAAUAUGGAGGUAAGGAUAUCGAGUUACAUGAGUUGUGUUCUAAGUAUUAUUGGACGGAGCUGUGGGCAAUUGCAUAUUGCAGGACAAUUUAUUUAGUACCUGAUAAGUCUCGAUGGGAUGUCCUAGAUGAAGUCCAAGAUAUGCAGAUCAUGCCUCCGAAUCGGAAAAUAAAAGGGGGAAGAAAGAAAACAAAAAGGUAUGCAUCUGCUGGAGAAAAACGACCAAAGACUCGACCUAGGACGCAGAAUAAAAGGCGCCGGAGACAAGGACUCCAAUGGUUGUUAUUUGGAGAUAAUGUUCAUGUUUGA